AUGUCGACUUUCGUUCUGAGGUCGGAUGACUCUCUAGGCGAUCUCGCACCUCCCUUGGAUUUGGAAGACCCUCCACCUCCGAUCGACUUGCCCCCGGACUACGAUCCAUCUACCGAGCUCAGCGAUACCCUCCCAACUCCAGGUGCAGACUUGCCUCCUGCAUAUCCUGUUAAUCUUCCAAGCAGCUUUCCGAUAGCAGCCCAUGAUACCCAUUCUCUUGUGAAGCUCUCUGAGGUCGAAGCUCACCUCCGCUUGCUCGGCGCCUUUUGGCAAUUACGACAGGAUGUUACAGUUGGAUCUGGGACGGAAACAAGUUGGGAUGAGCUGUCGGAAACUGAGCGCUGGGUUGUCUUUGUAUCCCGUGCAGUGUGGCGAUUCGAGCUAUGGUACACGAAAAUGCUCCUUCGUCCCGGUCGGGAUGAUCGGCCGCUCGGGAGGGAAGAAACUCCACCUCUAGAUGUCGCUAUGAUUUGGCAUGCAUUCUACCUGAAUCCGUUAGAAUAUCUCGAGGACGGGCUAGUGCGCGCGAGGCGACUGCUUAAGAUGAGCGGAACAUUAAUCGAUUACACCACCGGUCUUCCCGAUUUCAAAAAAUCGUACUUUCUCAACAGGAGGCUACUUCAGUUCUUCGAGAGUGUCUGCAAAAAGCCCGAACAAAAGACAGCUGAAGCAAUUGGGGACCUAGUCAAGUGGAACACGGCACAGGUUGAGUACUGUAUGCGCAUCGGAAUGCGACUGAUUGAUAAUUCGGCCUCCCCGUCCAGGUGGGGAAGACUGUUAUCACAUUACAAUCAUGCCGGUAUAUUCUCGCUUGAUUUGAUCGGCGCGACUCUUCGGCAAGGCUCUUUCAUUAAGGAGAUGGUCGAUCUUGGUUGGACCAGACCAGGUGCAUUUUCAACCGACAAGACGGUCCUUGUGCGCAGUAUUGCACGUUAUCAUGCUUGGCUCGAUCUGUGCGCGUCAGCACCCCUGAAAGCCGUUCCGACACUUGAUAUCGACCUUGUUUGGCAUACCAAUAUGCUCUUUGCGGAUCGAUAUCGCUCAGAAACGUACAAUCUCCUAGGCUACAUUCCCAAUCACGACGAUAAAGUGGAGGAAAAUGCGUUAGCAGACGCGUUCGACGAGACAGCGCGUGCGUGGCGAAUGCGCUUCGGCGUCCCUUACUCUCUCUGUGGUUGCGCACCUCCAACCACUGACUCCGCCCUCAAGAAGUUGAAGAGCAUUGGCCGUCGAGGAUCCACCAAUUCUCGCUUGGCUACGGUGGAUGCUAAGUCCCUUGUCGGCGAAGAUGACUCAGACAACGAAGACGAAGUCACUCAUCCAAGUGAGCAUUACUCGGUCUUGGUGCUGAACAAUUCCUCUGUCGAGCAUGCCCGGAGUAAGCGGACGGAUGAUUUGCGCAAAACCCAGGAACAGAUUAGGAAAAUGGCGGCCAAAGGAAAGAUAUCAUCUUCAAUCCCUGAUAUCGGGAGGCAGGAAAGGACAGAGCCCAGACCAGGCCAUAUGCAGGCUUUUCGACGAGCGAGGCCUGGACCGGAAGAAGAAAGAAGGGCCGCUUAUGAUGCCUAUCUGGUGGAUGCAAAGUCGAUGGGUGCUGGGCGGGAAUCGGCGGUGGUAUUUGUCAAAUCAAUGGACCCACUAUUUUUUGUGCUGCAAGUGGACGUUGUGUUGCUGCUGGCGGUUAUGGAAUGGGUUUCAGAGGAGGAAUGUCGGUGA